AUGCACCAGUUCAUUGAAGAACAAGCCAAGGCAAAAAGGUUGUUGAGGUUUGCCAUUGAGUUGUGCGAAUUAUGCAGAUCACUGAAUCUCAAGUUUGUUUUUGAACAUCCAUAUGCUGCCACCUCAUGGCAAGAUGCUGCCAUGAUUCGUUUGUUGAAGCGCGCCGAUGUGCAUUUUGCCCGCGCUGACCAAUGCAGCUUUGGUUUGAGAGGUCCGGAAGGAGGACUACAUCAGAAAGCGACUGGAUUUCUGACCAAUUGUCAGAAGAUGGCACAAGUCUUAAGCAGGCGAUGUGACAGAAGCCACCAACAUGAAGUGAUCAUCGGGGGUACGAAAUCGAAAUCUAGAAUGGCUCAACAGUACCCGGUGAAACUGAUCGAUGCGAUCUUGAAAUGCGAUAGUGAACAUCUUGGCAUUCCGAUCCAGAUCAAGGAGGCGAACGUCCUUUUGGAGGAGAUCUAUCACCUGGACUAUGUCAUCAACGAGCACUUCAAGAAGAUGGAGGAUCCUGGACAAGUUGGCGGCCCUGAACUUUGUCAACGAGAUGAACCUGGACAAGAUGAACAUCAAGGUGAACUACAUGAGAUCCUUGCGGGUGCAAUGGAAGAACCAGACGAAGAGGAUCCGGAACAGAGGGAAGAACCACCCGAAGAAGGACGAGCUUUACCACUAGCCGACAGAUUCAGUCUUUCUCGGUUAGUUCGACGGGCACAUGAAGGACUAGGACAUCCAGACCGAGAUCGCUUUUUGAGGAUCUUGAAGUACUCCAAGGCCAAAGCCGAUGUGCCGGCAGAGGCCAGACGUUUCACUUGCAGUGUCUGUGAAAGACACCAGCAGGUGCGACCAACAAGAAGGAGCGCACCGCCAAGGGAACUGGAGUUCAAUGACUGUGUGGGAGUAGACGUGAUCUAUCUUCCACUACCUGGAGGACAACACAAGACUCGGCCAGCCCUGAACAUCAUAGACUGGAGUUCGAAAUUCCAGUUGAUGAUCCCUUUGACUGACAAGAAACCACAUGUGGUAAGAGAGGCCUAUCGACAAUGGAUCCGGAUUUUCGGACCACCAAAAAGAAUUGCCUUGAACAUGGGGCGUGAAUUCCGCCAAGCCUUUACGACCAGUGCAGAGGAAGAUGGAUCUUUUGUAGAAACUGCAGCUGUUGAAGCACCGAACCAACGAGGGAUCACUGAGAGACAUGGCAAAACUUUCAAGUUCAUGUUGUUGAAAGCCAUGGACAACUACAACUGUCAAAACACUCGAGAAUGGGAACAGUUGAUUGACGAAGUCGUGAUGACCAAGAACCGCCUUUUACAGAACAAUGGCUUUUCACCAAUGCAACGUGUUUUUGGGUUUGCUACCCGAAUUCCGGGUGGACUUCUGUCUGGAGAUGAUGGAAAUAGAGCACUGCCUUCAAGAAUCAGGAUGGGAGAUCUCUCAGUAGAAAGAGCGAUGAGGACGAGGAAAGCUGCAGCACAGGCAUUUGUGGAGGCGGAUUCAGCCGCUUCACUACGACGGGCGAUUGAGACUGGCCCAAGACCGAUGGAGGACUAUCAGAUUGGAGAGAUGGUCUGCUUCUUUCGCAAAGGAGCUGACAAAGCUCGAAAGUUCUCACCAGGUUUUUGGUGUGGACCAGCCAAAAUUGUCAUGGUAGAUCAACCAAGUACGAUCUGGGUGGCAUAUCAGAGUGCUCUGGUCAAAGCGUCGCCGGAGAGAAUUCGGCGAGCAAGCGACCUGACAGUUUCAGGAUGGCUUAAGGAUUUGGUGGACACAAAAGCAGAUCCCCGCACUGAGCCCAAGCAGGGAUAUUUGGAUCUGGCAGAUCACCCUCUUCCUGAACUACAAGAUCGACCGGAGUCUGAGAAUGAAUACGAACCCUCAGAGCCGAUGGAAGAUAGCAGCGAUCCGACGAUACCCAGAAGACCGAUUCCACCACACCUGAAGCGACUUCUGGAACAUGAGGAUCCGCCACCUGAAAGACGGUACUUCACCAAGGCACCACCACCUCUACCUGAACCAGGUCUUGAUGAUCUACUUGGAGAACCAGAACGGCAUUUUGCGGAAGGAGAAGGUGCAACUGAACCUCUUGACAGUCCCGGUCUUCUACCUGCACAUGAUGCGGACGAAGGCGACCAUGGAGGAGGACAAAACGAGAUGCAGAUGACGAUGAAGAGUGGUUAUCGACUCCACCGACAAAAAGGUCGAGAAUUGAGUACUUGGCAAAAGAAGGAAGUGAGACUCAACGAGAUGACGAAGAUCAACCAGACCAAGUUUAGAAAGGCCAUUGAGAAGGAGAUCCGAAACAAUCUCUCGAUCGGGGCCUACACGAUCUUGUCACAGGAGGAAUCAGCCAGGAUUAGACAAGAACAACCUGAGAAGGUGAUGGAGUCACGUUAUGUCCUGACGGCCAAGGAGAUUGAGAUUGACGAGGUCGAGGAGACGAAAGCUUCAGGCUCAGAGAACAUAGAAACCGCAACACCACAAGUGACGAGAGAAGGAGCCUUGAUGGUUGCCCAACUUAUAGCCAGUCAUCUUUGGAAGAUUGGUUUCAUGGACUUUACUCAAGCGUUCAUGUCGGGUGACAACAUUGACAGAGCGUUGUACACCUCGCAGCCUAGAGAAGGAGUACCCGGUAUGCAGCCGGGACAACUACUGAAACUCGAGAAGGUCUGCUACGGUCUUGUAGAUGGACCCUUUUGUUGGUUCCAACAUUUGCGCAAGCUGUUGGUGGAUACUCUGGGCUAUGAACAGUCACUAGCGGACCCAUGCAUCUACUACAAGCAUAUCAAGGCGACAGAGGGACGCCGACUGUCUGGAGUCAUUGCAGUGGCGACUGAUGACCUUCUACAUGGUGGAGAUGAACACCACAUGAAGUGCAUGGAGCAGAUCAAGGACACCUACAAGCUGGGCAAGUUCCAGUUUGGUCAUGGCAAGUUCACCGGGAAAUACUUCCGGCAGAAGGAGAACUUCAGGAUCGAGGUCAAGCAGGAGAACUACGUCAAGGACAAGCUGAUCAACAUCGAGCUGACCAAACAACGGAAACGGCAACGUUACUCCAUGUGCGAUGAGAAGGAAAUCUCAACCCUCCGAGCAAGUGUUGGAGCAUUAGCCUGGUUAGCAAAAGAGACGAGACCAGAUUUAGCUGGACGAGUGGCACUGCUUCAACAAGCAUUUCCACGACCUCGAGUACUUGACCUUUUAGAAGCUAAUGCACUCACCUUGGAGGCCAAGCAAACCGCAACGAGUGGCAUCGUUUUGAUGCCUAUCCCAAUAGAAAGACUUCGAGUAGGAGUGGCAACCGAUGCAUCCUGCGGAAACUCUAGAGAUCGAGAGCAACUUGAAGAUGGAAAAGAUGACUUCUGGGAGGAACUGGAGCACACCAAGAUCAAUGAUGUCUUCCUCAAGCUCCUCAACACCAGCAGCCAAGGUCAUGACAUGAAGGAGCAAGAGUGGGAGAACAAGUUGUCAGAGAUCCCCUUCGUGUCGGUCGUAGAUUCCAAGUCGCUCUUCGAUUGCCUGAAUAAGUUGAUUUGUUCUUCCUGGGUGUUCACAUCAGAGUCAGAGGCACGCUUUCCUGUGUCCGCCGUAGAUGGAGCCCUAAUCGACUCAUCGGAUCGGCUUUGGGCCGCGCACGUGCACCAGGUGCAGACAGCCUCACCCAAGGAUCAAACCAGCGCGUCACGAAUCCACAAGUAA